AUGAAACGCGAAAUACGCCGGAAUGCUAGGAAACAUCGUGUUUCAACUAGCGGUCAAUUAUUAUUGACGGAUAUACCAACGAUGGAGAGACUGUUCCGUUCUAUUUCCGUCCACGUGAAAUUAUACCACUUCAGAUUGGAAUUCAGCUUUGAUCGAGUUAAAUUCCUCAACUUUUAGAAAAUCUCUUCGUCUCGUUGGCAAGAAGGACGGGGAGGAAUUUUUGCUGGUGGAGAAAAGCGAUGUAGGCGUAGGACGGCGGUCUUUGCCGAAUUUAACGGACGUCUGGUACGCCUCACGACGUACACACAGUUUACCGUAUUCCGAAAUCUCUCAAUCAACAAACUCGCGGCGUACACUUUCGUAUACUUUCAAUCAUCGAGAACUUGCCUCAAGAAUUCCAAUCUCAAAAAUGGACACUUGCCGGUGAAAUAUUUUAUUAUUCGAAGAAAUUAUGGCAGUAUCGCGGAGAACUGAUAACUUCGGACCAAAGGGCAAUCAGCCCUAAUUGAAAUUCGCGUUUACCCUAGUCCCAGAAGCUCAAUUACAUUUCAAGACACGAGCACCUCAGACGAUUGCGUCUGUCUUUAUUUAUUCCAAGUCCGAGUUCAUCAUAACUCUGCUACCUGUUUACGGCUCCCCGUGGACCAACAGACAAGCACAGUUCCACAGAAUACAAUAGAACCAUCCGAGAUGUAUCCUUGGCGGAAAUGUUUUCAAUCAGACACAAGUGCUCCAACGUAUCUAGUUUUAAAUAUAGAAAAAGUAGAAUUAGCGAUUGUCGGGUUGAAAGAUUUCACGUUUCUCUGCACGCGAGGCUGGAAUGCGAACAAGAGGGAUCGAUCAGCGAACUUUUUUUUUUACGGCGACCGCUAAAUCAUCGCAGAGGUCUCAUUUAUACCGGAAGGAACGUGCAAACGAGGUACUUUUUUGGAUUCAAAUCGAGGAUCUUUUCAGGCACUCGACGUUAUGUCAUCCUAUCGUUUGAAAUCAUUUUACU